AUGAGUUCACAUCGAUCCAACUCCUUCAGCUCACCAGGCAGCAGCACUUCGACCGUCAGCACGAGCAAACAUGCUGCUACCAAUGCCACCGCCACAAUAGCAAACUCAAAUCAGACUCGACGCAAACGCACUCAGUAUCGAUCCUGCGAUCAGUGUCGCGCAUCCAAGCGCGCCUGCGACUUGUCUGCCACCACUCUCUCCUCCUGCUCUACUUGCAUUACUCGACAGAUCGAAUGCACCACCCAGUGGCUCGGCCAGAAGAACAAAAAGCAGAAGCAAUUGCUCCCACCUCCUGAUCUUGCAUCCGUCUCGCCGUCAAGUCCAUCUGCCUCGGAUUCCAACAUGCUUUCCGAUGCCCUCGCAGAGCACGUUAAAGGCUGCAAGCUUCGCAUGUACACCAACCUGUUCGAGUUCCCCUUCUCCCACUGGCUAGCCCCUGGAUGCAAUCCCUACUUCCCCUCGUUUGACUCGCUCGACUCCCAUACACCCGACGCACAGCUCGACCGUUGCGUCCAGCUCACCAGUGGCGUGCACGAUCAGCUCAAGGGUGCAUCCACCAAUCCUUCCAAACUGAUCCAGCAAUUCUCCUUGCUUGACGCUCUCCUCCUAAGCCGCCAAUGCCAACAGCGUGGCAUUGACAUCGAUCACAUCGCCGCCCCCAGACUCCGCGGCAUUCGAGAACGGAAUAAGGUCAUAGACGAAGCUCUCACAUGGACAGCCGUCGCCCACGCUUUUCAGUACACUGCUACUGCCGAUUUCGUUGCCUCUGGUGCUCAGCGAGCCGAAGCGAGAACUCGAUCCCGUACGCUUACCACGGCCGCUUGGCAGAAAGCGCGCGCAGCCCUCUUUUCCAACGUUUCCUUCCAUAGCUUCCGCAACGCUUUCGCCUUUCUCAUCUUUGGAACCAUCACGCCCCCCACCACCCACAUUGCAGGUCAAGCCAGUCCCGCCGAAGAUACUGCCUUUGCCGUCGCACACGGCCUCAGGCUGAUGCACACCCUUUGUCAGCAGGCCAAGUCUUUCCUCGUCUCAACCCACAGCACCUCGAACGCUUCCACCAACGUGGUUCUCCAUGCGCUCAAGGCCACAACCUGGUUCUACGACAUUGCCAAAGCCAUUCUCACGCCCAUCGUCAAAGGCUUGAUUGGCGACGACGCCACCGCCUCUCUCUACUGCGAUGUAGAUCCCUUUAUAUCGUCCGACCGCGCCACCCUCUUUCACAACCCGGCCUUUGUCCGUGGUCUUAUCGGAGCCGAAAAGUCACCCGAUACGCUAGUCUCCCAUGUUUCCUCACCUGCCUCGUUGUCAAUCGACCCCGUCGCUUCAGAUCCAUGGACCCGGGUCGUCGACCAGGCUCGAGCCGGUCUGAUGUCCUCCGCGAUCAUUUCCUUCAAGCUCGACGCAUGGGCUGCCGGUGAGUUGAUCGACAUCCACCACGAACUCAACGAAGCGGCAGCCUACAAGAUCCUCAUAUGGAAGGCUGUCGACGAUCUCGAAACAGAGCCCAACCGCUCUCUGGCUUUGGAUGUCGCCAUCGCCAUCGCAAGCCAGUGGCACGCAUCGCAUGCCGUCGUUGUCGAUUCCGCAUUGUCCGCUUACCAUCGUCUGAACCCCGAGUCAAGGACAAUGCUGUCGUUCGCCGUGCAACACUCCAGCCUCGGCCUCUUCUAUCUCGAUACGCUUAUUUCCAAGCUCGGUUCGGCCGACGCUCAAAGAUCGCAAGAGUGGCGCGCCGUGGACCCGGGCAACCUCUCGAGUGCGCGGAGGGUGGCCCAACUCUGCGAACGAGCACGCCAGGAUGCCCUCGCCGGUCUCACCGUCACUGCAGACGAGGCAGAAAACGAGGGCACUCGAAACCUCGCCCAAACCUUUCCCAUGGGCCAGUGGUGCCAUCCGUAUCCUGUGCUCUCCAUCCAGGCCCAGGCUUGGGCUGCGCAUCACCUGCUGCGCCAUGCAGAGCAGCAGCAUGUACUCUCCGGCGAUUGGCGCGACUGGGUCCAGCUUGUCGACCACUGCCUUUUCUGCCUUGACAUGAUGCAGGAAUGCCUGGCGCCCUUCCCCGCGCAUGCCCUCGACCAGAUGCCACUCGAAGGCCUGCUCGAGAGACGCGCAUACUUUCUCUCAUGUCCUUCCUGA